UGAAAGUUACAAACUUUGAAGAGAUGUCUUCUAAAGAAACGGUGAACUUUGGGGGAAGUGAGGAAAUGAGGGCGUUGGAAUAUGGUGACGCGGGUAUGAUCAGUGAGUCGUCUGAUUCGGAGAGGAUGGAGGAGGGGGUAGGAAGGAGUGAAAUGGUUGGGGUAGAGGGAGAUAGGGUGCCUAUCACCGUAGUAGAAGUGGAGGGUAGGAAUGAGAGAGUUUUGAUUAGGCCUGCUAGGGUAAAGGAAAGGGCAUGUUCAGCACCUUGGGAUCAUUGGAUGCCCAUGUAUACUCAUUAUUUGGCAGCUGGGCUUAGGUUUCCAAUUCCUGAGUUGCUAGUAGCUGACACAGAGUGGGAGAAGAGGGAUGCCGAAGUAGAACUGUUGUCAUCUUGGAAGGCUAAGAAAGCCAACCAAAAUAAAUACAGUUUAAAUGAGGAUGAGGAGGAAGAGGUAGGGAAGUUGGUGAGGGAGGGGGGUAAGUUAGCUAACAUAAUGUACCUUACCAGCGCAGAAUGUAUAAAGGCUGCUGAGCUCUAUAGGCCAAGCGCUUUGAGUGAAGCUGAGAUGGAUAAAUUCUUGAACGCUGCUGGGGGGGUGGCUAUUCCAAAGAAGCCGAGGAAGAAGUUAAAGACUUCAACCAAGGAAGCGAGGAAGGUGGGGUCUGGGAAGGAGUUAGUGCCCAACACCUUAGCUGGAGUGGAAGAGGAGGUUGGGGGGAAUGAGGUUCUCCAGUUCGUACCUCGGCCCCUUCCUGUUGAGCUCAAUCCUCAGCUCAGAGAGUCUGAGGCUGAGGGGGCUGAGGUAAGGGCUUUUGGCAAAGGGAAAGGCCUCGUUCCCCCUUUGUCCUUUCAGAGCAGCCUCUUUGACGUGAAGAACGCAACGGGGGCAAAGAGGUUUAUUACGCAACCUUCCCCGAAAUGGGCAAGCGUCAAGCUAAAGAAGAGAAAGAGAAAGAUCUCUGAAAGCGAGCGUGAGGUUCAUAAGAAGGAGAUAAAAGCAAUGAAAGAAAUUGUGGUUGAGCUGAAGAAGAAUGUUCAGCUGUUGGUACACAACGGAAUGGAGGAGCACAUCAGCAACUUCGUUAACUCCAGCUUGUUUGACAACAUUGUCAACCUCUACUCGAUGCCAACUGCUAUUCUCGCCUUUACCGAUUGCAGAAAGAAGGUGAAAGCUGAAUACCCUGAAGUGGAUAUUACGAAGAUCACCUUCGGCGAACAAGAGGAAGGGGUGGAGGAAAACGAUGAGAGCAUGUCAGCAGACUUCUGUCCUCAAAUUAAACUGAGGUGGGAUCAUGACGUAGAAAGGCGCAUCAUUUUUCCUCAAAUUUCAACUUUGAGUUCGUGGCAAUGGAGGAAGAAGAAGCAGAGGUAAAGGGAGCUGAAGUAGGAGAAAAGGUAGAAGGAGCUGAAGUGGAGGAGAGCUAGCCACCUCUGCAAGUGGAGGUCCAUCCAGUUCCUUCUGAUGACGAGCAGCCACCUCUUCCAACCGAGCAGCAGCCACCUCAACCAUCUCCCCCAGCAGAAUAAUUUUUUGUUUUUUGAUAUUUUUAUUUUGAUAAUAUUGAAACAAUUUGAUAAUUUGAACAAUUUGUAAUUUUCAUUGUGAUUUUAAUGAAAAUUUUUGUUUUUG